AUGGUUGCCAAUAAAUUGACAGAAAAGACCGAAGUUGUCGAUAACUUGAAAGGAAAGACGGAAGUUGUCGAUACCUUGAAAGAAAAGGUGGUCGCUAUCGAUGAUAAUCUGUCUGCAUGCACACUUGACUACGACAGGAAAGCUGAGCUUAUAGCAUUUGAUGAAACCAAAUCUGGUGUCAAAGGACUUGUAGAUGCUGGCAUAACAGAGGUGCCUCGGAUCUUCCGUCUACCUUCACCUGAAAACCCAAACUCCGAUCAAAAGUCGCCACCAGAGCACAGUCUUCCGGUCAUCAACCUUGAAGGAAUCAAGGAAGAUCCGAUCCGGCGAAAGGAGGUGGUGAAGGAAAUCAAGGAGGCUUUGGGGAGUUGGGGGUUCUUUCAAAUGGUGAAUCAUGAAGUUCCGAUUAGCGUAAUGGAGGAGAUGAAAAAAGGAGUUUUAGGGUUUUUUGAACAGGAUAAUGAGGUGAAGAAGCAGUGGUAUACAAGAGACAGCAGUGGGAAAACGAGGGUGGUUUACAACAGCAAUUUCGACUUGUAUUCUGCUCCGGUGACAAACUGGCGAGACUCUUUCUUGUGCACCAUGUAUCCUAAUCCUCCUCAGCCAGACGAGUUGCCUCCUCAAUGCAGAGAUAUUUUGUUGGAGUACUCAAACCAUGUAAUGAAACUCGGACGUGCUGUUCUCGAAUUGAUGUCGGAGGCUCUGGGGCUGGACUCGAAUUACCUUUUAGAUUUGGGAUGUGCAGAAGGGCUUUCUAUUGGCAACCAUUACUAUCCUCCUUGCCCACAACCUGAGCUAACGAUUGGCACCCUUGAACACACCGAUGCCGGGUUCAUUACCAUUCUUCAACAAGAUCAUAUCGGUGGCCUUAAGGUCUUUUAUCAAAACGAAUGGACUGAUGUUCCAACUAUACCAGGAGCCUUUGUAGUGAAUGCUGGAGAUCUUUUACAGCUAGUUACAAAUGACAACUUUGUAAGUUCACGACACAAAGUGAUGGCAAACAAGGCUGGUCCAAGGAUAUCGAUGGCAUCGUUCUUUAUGAGAUACCUGACUGAUACAGGAAAGGUAUUGGGACCAAUCAAGGAGUUGCUUUCUGAAGAUAAUCCAGCCAAGUAUAGAGAAACAACAGAAAAAGAAUUUUCGAGUCACUACCAUCAGAAAGGACUUACUAAAAUUUCCGCUCUUAUGCAUUUCAAGAUCUAG